UCAGAGGCGCGCGCUGUGUUCUGGCUGUACCUGUCUCAGUUGGUUUGCAAUGGAGGACAUUUAUGCUAAGUUUGUGUCUCAGAAAAUCAGCAAAACCCGCUGGCGACCGGUACCUCCGGGAAGCCUGCAGACCGCGGAUACCUUCGCUGCGGGCUCUUGGGACAAUGAGGAAAAUUAUGUUUCACUGUGGUCUAUUGGAGAUUUUGGGAACUUGGACUCUGAUGGAGGGUUUGAAGGAGACCAUCAGUUAUUGUGUGAUAUCAGACACCAUGGCGAUGUAAUGGAUUUACAGUUUUUUGACCAGGAAAGAAUUGUAGCAGCUUCAUCAACAGGAUGUGUAACAGUUUUCCUUCACCAUCCAAAUAACCAGACUCUGUCAGUCAGCCAGCAGUGGACAGCCGCUCACUACCACACAGGUCCAGGCAGUCCUUCCUGUGGCAGUGCACCAUGCACAGGUAUUGUGUGCAGCAACCCCGAAAUUGUCACCGUUGGAGAAGAUGGUCGGAUAAAUCUCUUCAGAGCCGAUCACAAGGAGGCGGUGAGAACCAUAGACAAUGCAGAUAGCAGUACACUCCAUGCUGUAACCUUCCUUCGAACUCCUGAGAUUCUUACAGUAAAUUCAAUUGGGCAGUUAAAAAUAUGGGAUUUCAGAAAACAAGGAAAUGAGCCCUCUCAGAUAUUAUCACUGACUGGUGACCGAGUACCCCUCCACUGUGUUGAUAGACAUCCCAACCAGCAGCAUGUUGUAGCUACUGGUGGCCAGGAUGGAAUGCUGAGUAUUUGGGAUGUUAGACAAGGCACUAUGCCUGUGUCUCUGCUGAAGGCUCAUGAAGCUGAAAUGUGGGAAGUUCACUUUCACCCGUCCAACCCAGAUCAUCUAUUUACUUGUUCUGAGGACGGAUCCCUCUGGCAUUGGGAUGCCUCCACAGAUGUACCUGAAAAAUCAUCACUGUUUAACCAAGGAGGAAGAAAUAGUACUUUUUUGUCUCACAGCAUUAGUAACCAGGCUAGUGUUCACCAGUCUCUUAUAAGCUCCUGGCUCAGCACUGAUCCCGCAAAAGACCGUAUUGAAAUCACAAGCUUGCUUCCCAGUAGGACCUUGUCUGUGAACAGUUUGGAUGUUUUAGGUCCUUGUCUUGUUUGUGGAACUGAUUCAGAAGCAAUUUAUGUUACUAGACAACUUUUUUCAUGAAAAUACUGUCAUUACAAGAUUUCAGGUAAAGCAUAUUGUUAGCCUUUCGAAGUACAACUUCUCUGGAGAUUUUUAUUAUUGGAAAAUGUGAAAUUUGCAAAGGAAGCUUCAGUAAACCAUUGGUAAUAUCGAUGCCUCGUUUGGCUUUUGUCAGUUGAAUGUUCCCACAGUUUCAGAGUCAGAGAGAAUGCUGAUGGUGAGAGAAUUGGAAUCUGUGGAAGAAUAUCAGAGGGAUCCUUUUGUUGAUGUAGACGUUGCCUUCAAACAGGCUAUUCUUUUUGAUGUUGGGGGAAUUCAUAAUUUUCUCAAACCACUAACAGGUUCCUAUUUUUAAUGACACUAUGGUGGCUAUUACCCCUCCCUGGUGGCCCAGGCCAAUGUUAAUGUUUAUCCUUUUUAUGGUAGAUAUUUUCUUGAAUCUUCCCACAUUUUAUUUCCUUAAUAAGUUUAAUAAACUUCAUAAAGAAUUGAGUAAAAAUGACAAGCUUUUGUAAAAGUGUUCACAUUUUUUUAAAGGUUUUGUUUUUAAAGAAAAGUGUUUUGACAGGUUCCUCUGUUAGAGUAGAUUUGAACAGAACUUUCAACUGCUUAGACCCAAAUUCAUUUUUCUUGAAAAAGGAAAAGUACAUUUUUCCUAAGGAUUUUUGCUUUUAUUUAGUUUUAAAAGAUAGUUCAAAUGCUGAACUGGAUGUUGUGCAAUAAAGUAGAAUUUGAUAUUAAUAAGAGAGCUGACUUCCAAACUAAAAAUUGAUAGAUAACAUGUAUGAGAUGAGUAUGAUGAUAUGGUAAGAGUAGAGAAUUUUGCUGUCUUUGUCCUUAUCUACUGUGUUAAUGAUAAUCUAACCUGUAGGUGUUUUGUUUAUUUUUUAAUAUAGUUGACACGGUGUUACAUUAGUUUCAGGUUAAUGUGUCGUGCUUAAAAACAAUGUUGUGGCAUUGUCUUUCUAAAGUUAGUUAAAUGUUAUUGAACGUGAAGACCUUAAUGACAAAUCACUGUUAUUAUGCUAUUAAAGUGUGUAUUCAUUUACAUUAUUAUUAUUCAUUUUUAUUAAUUCCAGUGAUAGUAAUUAUGGUAAAGUUUUGUUUUUCUGUCCUAAUAAAUACGGUCAAUUCUUUUAUGCCACCUUACCUCGGGGGAUUUUGGCUUGGGCAUUUUUGUCAGCAUUUUUAAAUGGAAUACAUAUAUGCAAUCUGCUUUUUUAUAU